AUGAAUGGAAAAAACGCCAAGGGAAAAGAUGGCGCGAGAAAACAAGGAAAACAAGGGAGCCUUAUUGCAAGCAUGUCAUGGUUUGGCUUUAUAACCUUCGAAUGGAUUACCAUCAUACUGAAUAAACUGAAGGCAGAAGACAACUUUACUCUCCCCAAAGUAGAAGAAGAUGCAGCCAUAGAAUACUACGCCUACAAUUUGGGCAAUAAUUUGAGAGGGUUUAAAAAAAGGAGGAGAAAAAAUGACAAUAGUACAGUGAAUUCAAAUGAAGGAUCCCAUAAAAGCAGUUUGAAUGGAAUGUCUAACACAGAGACUUCCUACUCCCUGCAGAAGAGAGGAAUAAUAUUUGCCCUGUUGAAAACCUUUAAGAAUCAGUUAAGUUGUAUUACCUUCUUCUAUGUUAUCCAUACCCUGUAUCUGAUAUUUGUGGCUCUAUGCAUAGAGAACUAUAUACUACUCAUCAGGGGAGAAGGUAACCCAUGGAUCCCCUUUCUCCGGAAACAUAAGGAAAUAGCAUUUGGUUUGUUUCUUAUUGGAGUCAUAUGCUUCGAUUUAUUUUUCGACGCCAUCCUUACAUUCUUUGAUUACCGUUUAAGAUUAAACAUGGAAAUUACUCUCAUGUAUUUUUUGUACAAGAUAAAUUUAGAGAACUUUAGGGGAACAUUAUCUAGCUCUCCAUAUAUUGCGUUAGGAGAUAUGGAAGACACUUCCCCCAUGUUAAAAGGGGAGGAAGAUUCUCCUUCUCCAGAGAUGAACAGACCAGAGGGAGAGACCAAGACAGGGGAUGACCAUUCCGUUAAAGUGGAGGGGGUUUGUAGUGACCGGCUUGGUGGAGAUCCCAUCACCUGUUCAUCAAUCGGGUGUCAGGCAAUUCCGUGUGAUCCGAUAGGGUGUGAAGCAGUUUCAGGUGAACCCAUUGUGAUUGAUACUGUUGUAGAAGAAAAAGGCAGUGUGGGUUCGAAGGGAGAAGUAAAAAUAUCUGACGAUCAUUUGGGAGGCGAGUCAAAGGAGAAGACGAUUAAAAGAGAGAUAUUAUCCCCCAGAGUGGAAGUGGAUUCUACGAAAGUAAAUGGUGAAAGCAAUGAAUACCCAGAUGAAGCAGUUCAAGAGGAAGAUGACAAAAGAGAUAAUGACUCAUGCGAUAUCAACAUCUACAAUAUCAUGUUCGUGGAUACACCAUUCUUAAUCUACUUCAUCAGUUCCAUAAUAGAUUUCUGUAACAUGGUUAUAAAGUUUACUAUUUCUUUCUAUAUGUUUUAUUAUAAGAUGGGUAGAGAAGCAGUAGUGAAUGGAAUUCUGUUGAUAGCAUUUCUGUACAGCCUUAUGUUUGCGUUUGAGUUGGCAUCGAGCGUUUUUAAGAUAAGACACUUGAGAUGUAGAGACUCUAGAAUAAAUAACAUGCAUCACAUCUUAAAGGAAUACAAACUCAUGAAAAUGUUUAAUUGGGAAUCUAUUGCCUUCGACUAUGUUAAUAGACACCGAAAAAAAGAGAUGAAAGUUUGCACAAUUCGAAUUUAUUUAAAUUCCUUAAGUAAUUAUAUUAAUGCGAUUUCCAUGAAUGUUGUGGAAGUAGCAAUUUUUUUUAUUUUUAUUAGAGGAGAGUUAAACAGUAAUAAGCCGAUUAAUGUUAGCUCCAUCAUUACGCCUUUGUUUCUAUACAAAUCUCUAAUAGCCGGUAUGUCAAAUCUACCGAACAUAAUAAAUAAUCUCCUUGAGGGGGCUAUUAACAUUGGCAGAAUCAAUAGGUACAUCGAACACUACAUGUUUCAGUUUGAUCGAGAAGAUCGUAACGGAUACUGCACUUAUAGGAAUGACCACAAGAUUGGGAUCCAAACAUGCUCCACGUUCGGAAGACACAACAAAAUGAAGAGCAACUCGAAUAAGCAUUGUGACGACUCCAACUGGAGGAGUGGAUUUUACAAAUAUUUUUUUUUCAACAAAGGAUACGGCAUGCCGGGAAAGGGGAAGAGCAAUACUAACGGAUACUACUACAGGAGCGAAAAGGGGAACGAUGCACUUGGGGGUGUAGUUGCUGAGAAGGUAACUGGAAGGCUAAGUGGAGUAUCCAUCGGGGGAGGUAAGGGACACCAAGCGAGUGAUGUCAUUUUGAAGAUGAAUGGAUGUUACUUCUCUCCGGAUAAAUCUCCGACAGGAAAAGGUCGCCACUCGCGUGUCGACUCUAACCAGACAGAUGCACUUCUGAAGAAUGUGAAUCUAACGCUGAAGAACAACACCCUUGUGGUCAUUCUAGGAAAUGUGGGUUCUGGAAAGACGCUUUUUUUUAAUUCUCUCUUUGGAAAGUUAAAACUGUCGCAAGGAAAUUGCUACAUCAAGAACUUCGUCCACGACAUGCCGGUGAUGUACGUACCACAGUUCUACUGGGUAACCAUCGGUACUAUUAGAUCCAUGAUCAUCUUUGGAAAUAGGUUCGACCCUUAUUUGUACUAUCGAGCUAUUGUACAGAGCGAGCUUAUAAACGACAUGAAUACAUUCAAGAAGAAGGACCUAAGGUAUGUGGGCGAUGAGCACAGUUUGAGCAAAGGACAGAAAGCAAGAAUCUGUUUAGCCAGAGCGUUGUACCAUCAUUAUAUACACAUGAGUGACUUGCUGAUAGAUUACGAGAAGGAUAUCCGAAUAAAUAAAGAGUGGCGAGAAAAAGUUAUGUUGGAAAAAUUGUACGGAACAGACAAUUCUUCGUGUAAAGAGCCAAGUGGUGUUAGAAGUGACAGUAGCAUGGGCCACCACGAGAGGGAGAAAGGAAAAAAUAUAUUAAUCAAAGGAGAAAAAGUUGGAAAAAAAAAAGAAGGAACCUAUGAUGAGCCCUUGUCACAAGAGGAGAAGUACCAACUACACGAUGCGUACCAUUCCACCAACGAUACAUUGAACGAAACUAAUAUGAUCAACGCGUCCUUACAUGGUAGUCCAGUGAAGAGUGGAAAGUAUAGGAAAGAGGAACAAGAAGGAGAUCAGAAGCAAAAUGGAAGAGGAAGUAAUGGUCAUGUUAUUAUUGGUCCAACAGGAGAAAUGUACACAGAGAAUAAUAACCUCUUCAAAAAGAACUCUCUUCUGAAGGAGUGCCUGGAGCAAGAGCAGAUGUCCUACCUUUACCUACUGGACGAUCUUUUCUGCGCAUUGGAUCCAUGUAUAUCGAAAAAUAUAUUUUACAACCUCUUCUGUAGUAAUGAUGAUGUGGAAGGCUUUAAGAGGAACUGUGCAUUUGUUCUCACAGCCAAUCAAAAUAUCUGGAAUAGCUUUCUCGAUGAAGAUAUCAUUCGGCAACUGCAGUAUGGUGUAGAAAUUUAUCGCCUGGAAGAUCGCACUUUGGUGUACGAGGGAGAUAUUCACACCUAUAUGAAAAAUAAUGGAAUCGUGGCUCAACGCGGGAAAGGUUCCAAGGAGGGAUCGUCUCCAAUCGCACCUGUCAAAGGUAACACGAACGUUUCGGCUUCGCAAACAGCGAGUAGCGGUGAAGCGGCCACAGGUAGUAGUAGUAGUAGUAGUACUAGCAGAAUGUUGGAUUUCUUCUCAGAGCAACAGAGCGGAAGAAAAUAUAGUCACAAGAACGAUAUGAAGUUUCAAAAAUUCGUAGCGUUGAAGGAGCUGAAAAGUACCUAUUCGUGCAGAAUAGAGCCAUUGGACUCUCCAUCUGUUCAUGAAUUCGGAAGGAAGUACACAACAGUAACACAGAAUUACGUGGAGAUGCCGAACGGGUAUAUAACGAACGGGUAUAUAACGAACGGGUAUAUAACGAACGCGAUGAGGAAUGUGAGCAUUAGUAGCAUUGGGAGCUUGAACAAAACUAUGAUCAACAGUUAUGCGGAGGUACUAAUAAAAGAGAAGAAGAAUGUUGAGGGUGUUGGAAAUGAUAACAGGCGUAAUCGCUCUUUCGAUGAAGACGAUAAAAUAACUUUGCAUGAGUUUGAAAAGGUUAGCAAGGUAUUGCAGGCAAAGCUAAAACAGAACUACAUCUAUGAAUACAUGGGAAAUGAGGACAAUGGAGAUGAAGGGGAAGAAGAAGAGCUACGUUUUAAGGGGAAUAUAAAGUGGGAAACAUUUGCUUGGUACCUACGUAUGAUAGGAACCCCUCUGAUAGCAGUGAUUCUAUUUUUCAUGGUAAUCUCCAUUUUUACAGACGAAAUAAAAAACAUGUUGCUCUUUAUGGCAAGUACGCUCAUUAAAAGCAAAGGACAGAGAGAAUCAGAAAUUCUAGAAAAGCAGUUAGUGUAUAUGAAGUGGUUCGUCCUUCUCCCUUGCGUGUCGUUGGUUACUACAUUAACUUCCUUCAUGUUAAUAGCCCAUGGAAUAGCAAUUUCAGCAGUUAAGGUUCAUACAGAAGUGCUCAUGAGUAUCUUAUAUGCACCCAUCCAUGCUUUUUACAGUAACAAUUUAGGAAAUAUAAUAAACAGAUUCAUAACGGAUAUAAAUGUAUUGGACAAUGGAAUUAUAAAACGAAUAUACAAGACAUUCUAUACGUUUUUUCGUUUCUUAUUUACAAUAUAUCUUCUUAAUUAUAUGGUUUAUCAGACCAUUUACGUACUUCCAAUCAUUAUUUUUCUAAUAUACGUUUGUGUGUUCCAAAGGUAUUCCAGGGGAUGCAAAGAAGCUCAGAGAGGAUACCUGAGCGCGCACGCCCCACUGUGUACCAUCUACAGUAACACCAUAUUGGGAAAGGAAAUAAUUUACCUGUACGGAAAGAGCAAACACUUUCUAGAUUUAUAUUCCAAGGGAGUCUUCAAUUAUAAGAAUUAUACCAUCUUCAAGUGGUGUCUAACAAUAUGGGCCUCCCUAUAUGUACAGCUCAUCGUGUUAUGUUUAACAUCUUUUUAUAUAAUAUACCCGUACGUAUUGGAACCAUACCUUGGAGACAAGAAGGACCCACAUUUUAUGAACGAGGAGAAAAAUGCAAACACCAUUGGCUACUGCAUUACGUUCUCAUGCAGUUUAGGUUUUAUAAUUAAGUCUCUUCUCUAUGAUUACACUCAUGUGGAGAAGGAAAUGUGUAGCACGCAACGCCUGGAGGAGUGCUCGCAGAUGUUCAAGGAGCAGGUGAAUUACGAUGAUAAGGAAGGUAUGCUUCCCACGCAGAUGCUAACGAUGCAGACAGCAUCUACGCAAGUACCAGUGGUGAAAGACACACCGCCGAUGUGUGCACCGGAAAACGGAAAAGCAAAAUAUGGACUGCACUUCGAAAAUGUCUUCGUCAGCUACAAGAAAAAAAUAUUUAUAGACAGAUCACGCAACCUGUACUACUACGCGAACGAAAAAUCUUGUCUAAGGAAUUUGAACCUAUACGCACUGAAGGGUCAGAAGAUUGGCAUCGUAGGAAGAUCGGGAGCAGGAAAGAGCACCACCAUUCUCUCCGUACUAGGUCUCAUCCCGACAACCAGGGGUACCAUAUCCAUCGAGGGUAGAGAUAUCAAGACGAUGACUCUGGAAGAAAGAAAAAAUACCAUUGGUCUCCUACCACAAUCUUCUUUUGUAUUUUUUCACUGGAAUAUACGUACCUACAUAGAUCCCUACAAGAACUUCACAGACAAUGAAAUUAUGGAUGCUUUUAAAUUAAUAGGUAUAAACUUACAAAUGGAGGAUUUAUACAAAUACAUAUACAAGCAAAAGAAGAGAGCAUCUCAGGAUGGUAGACGUGUGUAUAACGGUAGGGACAAGUUCGACAAGAGUAAGUCCUCUUCCACCGUAGCCAACUCCUUAUCCCUCUCGGAUGAUUGCAUUCGUUAUUUAGCAUUGGUGCGAAUCUUUCUAAAUAGACAUAACUACAAGCUUGUUUUAAUAGAUGAGAUACCUGUCCUUAACUUAAACCUAAGCAACAGUAAUACAAAUAAUUUUUUCUCCAGUGAUGUUAAGUCUUUUGAAUAUAUUAUACGCAACUACUUCUCGCACAUCACUGUGUUAAUUAUUGCGCAUGAUGUGAGCACCCUGUCUUGUUGCGACUUCAUUUACGUGGUGGCAAAAGGCGAAGUCUCUUACAAAUGUAGCUACUCAGAUAUCAAGACCCAGGCGGCGCUGGCUGCGCUCAUUCAGAAGCAGACGGAGUGA